UAGCGGUGACGUUACAUCAUGAACUGUGCUGUGUUGUCACCAGCUGUUGUCUGGAAGACGAAGAGAAAAAGUGGAAGUGUGUCUCCAUUGAUAGUGAGCCUCCACGAGCACACCCUCAGCGCUAAGCAGCACGUUUGAAGCCGAAAGAUGGUCACCGGAUGACUGAUGAAAGCCCUGGAGCCUCGCUGGUCCCCCGGUGAUAGAACCAGUUACAUAACUGAAGGCAUCGAUAAAACAAAAACUGUGAUAACGGACUAGUGCCAAUACAGGUCGGAGUUGAAGCCAUUUUUCUCUGCUUAGACAGUCACGCCAGCUCGGGUCAAACCAAGACCGUUUGUACGAUUAUACGGUAGGUAGAGCGCUCUGAGGAGACAGACACCAUCAUGAACGUGGGCACGGCGCACAGCGAGGUGAACCCCAACACCCGAGUGAUGAACAGCAGAGGAAUGUGGCUGACUUACAUCCUGGGCAUCGGCCUCCUGCACGUCAUCAUACUCAGCAUUCCCUUCGCCAGCGUGCCCGUGGUCUGGACCCUCACCAACCUCAUUCACAAUCUGUGCAUGUACCUGCUUCUCCACACGGUCAAAGGGACGCCGUUUGAGACCCCAGAUCAGGGCAAGGCUCGCCUCCUCACAUACUGGGAGCAGAUGGACUAUGGGGUGCAGUUCACUGCGUCACGCAAGUUCCUCACCAUCACACCUAUUGUCCUGUACAUACUAACCAGCUUCUACACCAAGUACGAUCGGGUCCAUUUUGUGGUCAACACUGUUUCCUUGCUCACUGUCCUCAUCCCCAAGCUGCCCCAGCUGCACGGCGUGAGGAUCUUUGGGAUUAAUAAGUACUGACAAGGCUGAAGAGGACUCCUCCUUCCCCUAAAGUCCCUGUGGACUGCUGAGAGCACACAGAGUAUCAGGCCUCGGAUUUGGCCGCAGAUCAACAAAGAUCCGUGGCUCUCUGGCUGCAGACUCUGCUGAGCAGCACUCUAAGUGAAGCCUAGUGGACCAAACACCUGGAAAGAGACUCAAUAUACUUUUCAGAGAAGGGAAAGUGUGCUGUUGUGAUUGUUGGCAGACAAUUUUCUUUUGAGGUACAGGUUUUUCUGAGACUCUUUGUAGAAAAGGGAGUAUUAUGAUCCUUUUUUUGCUGAAACGAUGUCAGAGGCAGACGACAAUGUAGUCGCAACUAUUUUAAGUGCCAUUUCACACCCACUGGCGCACUUAGGCUGUAAUCAAAAAGUUAUUUUGUAGGUAAUGAUACACUGCUGUAUUUAUUCAGCUGCACUCCAACAAGAAGCUUCCUCUUUCUUGAGGUUUCUGGCCUUAGAGUAACAAUACUUUAAUUAAACACUAAGGAGGCGAGGCACGGGAAACCACAAGGUUUUAUAUCUAACCCCUUGCUGUUCUGGGCCAAGAAUGGGCAGUUAUUACAACACUUAUUUUUAUCUGAACAUUUCCGUAUUUGGUCUCCUCUUGUCCUGGUUUGUGUCACAGUAAGCCUCCCCCUGCAGAGACAUCUGGCCUGAGUGCAGAAAGUAUGCGCAAGAGCAUUCUUUUGAUUCAACAAAAUCCUGGAAUUUAGGUUAAAGGAUUAUUAUAGUACAUAGUUACAUGUGGGGACUCAUGCUUGUAAUUAAAAGUCUCAGGACCCAUGACAUUAGCAUGGGCCUGUGUGGCUGCAUCUUAGUUUGUAAUCCAGACUCAAAAUACACACUGGGUUACCAUUUUAUGAGGUACGCCUGAACAAUCAAAUUCCUUAAAAUAGUAGCUCCAGUAGAUAAGGGGCAGAAUGUUAGAAAUCACUCAAUGUAAUCUCUUUUUUUUGGGAUCAAAGAGAUUUCAGUUAUACUGAAGUAUGUGCUAAAGGGAUUCUGAGUUAUGUUACAAAGUUGUUGUUGAGAGAAUGUCUAAAAGGUAGGAAACAUUUUUAUUUAAAAGUUGUACCAUUUGCUAGUGUAAUGCAUGUGUAGCAUCCAUGAAGCAUGUCAUCAUGGCAGUUCUUAUCUUUAAUUAGUCAAUUCGAUUUUAACGUGAAGGGAUAAUAUUAAAUUGUUGGGAAAACUACGAUUUGAUUCAGUAAUGAUAGCCAAAACUGUAUAGACAUAAAGAAAAUGUUAUAUUUCAUUGUUAACUCUCCUACAAAUGAAAAACUGAUUUUUAUAGAAUAUUCCAAAAUAGCUAAAUAUGUUCUUUUUUUAAUUGAAAAUUCAUUUUUGAAUUAUGUUUACAGAUUUUAGCCCUAAUAUAAGGUGGACGACAAGUGCAAACGCGCUACACGGCCCAAAACAUCUCCGUUAGGGGAGAAACGCUCUGCAUUUUCAAUAACGCAAAAGCAUUUAUAAAACAUUCCCCUACUUCACUACUUCACACUGCAAAUACAAAAUGCUAGAAGCUGAAAACCGACAGAAACUGGGACACUAAAAAGUGAUGCACACAGCGGGGACCGGAGCACUUGUUGACAUUUGGAGAUUAUAAAGUUAGAAAUAAACGCUGCGCAUGUUUCGUCAAGUUGGUGACGAUGUUCCUUCGUUUGCAUGUGUUAAGGCACAUUUGUGUUUGUUUUUGAAAGUGUGUUUCGCCUAAUGGAAGUGUUUUUGGCCACUCUAACGCAUUUGCACCUGUUGGCCACCGUACGAACAGUGUUGGCCUCACAUCAUUCUCCCAGUAGUAGUAAGAGCAGUAAGCAGCAUGUUUAUGUAACUGACAGUGGCAGCAGAAGUAAUAGUAGAGGUGACAAUACCAGUUUCAAUUAUUGCGAUCCAUGAUGUAUUAGAGCUGAACUACAGUAGAAACAGUUCUAUUCAGUUUUUUCUUGAAGCAAAUUGAUGUAAUGAAUUGGCAUACUUUAGAAUUGAGGCUUUGAUCCAACCAACGACAAAUGGGACCAAAGAAUUGGAGUUGUAAAUACUGAUCUGCUGCAGCUGUCAGCAUCAUGAUGUCUAGAAAUGUUCACCAUAAAGGGCUUUGCUUUAACGACAUGCUUUCAUAUUUCAGUGAUAAUGCAUUUUUCAUGUUUUUCUUUUUUAGGACAACUGUUUAUUUUUAAAGAAGGUUAAAUUGAAUGUUAAAUGUGAAACAGUGUCUUUGGUUUGUAUCAGUGUUUUUGAAGGAAAUGUCAAUGUGAUGCUCUGAAAGAGUGCUUGACCCAAAAUACAGUAUUUUUUAAAUAUCACCUUAAAAUUCUAUA